UUACCUGUACUGAACCGUGGGGAGGAGCACAGAGAGAAUCCUCUUAACCAGGUAAUCUCUACACCCAUCUGCUGUCCCAGCCAACCACCACAUCCAGCCUCAAACCAAUAUGCUAUUUCCCAGCUAGUCUCUGUCAGCCAGCAUGACCAUGCUGCUGUCUCCCCAGGCAGAGAAGAACUGGGAGGAUCUGUGUUCAGUGCUUGAAGAUGUGCUGGAGGACCAGUCCCACAGGCAGCUGUUCGGCUUAGAGCUGGGCUCUGGUACUGGGCAGCAUGUCAUACGCUUUGCCCAGAAGAUGCCAUUUGUUACUUGGCAGCCAUCAGACAUCAAGGAAGAAUGUCGGGAAAGUAUUAAGGCAUACAUUGCUGCAACCCAUGCAAAGAAUGUGCUGCAGCCUGUCCACCUGGAUGCCAGUGAACCGUGGGAGAAGUGGGCAGGCCUUCCUCGCAGCUCCUGUGAUGUUGUUGUUGCCAUUAACUUACUGCAGUAUUGCUCCUUCAAAACAGCCCAGGGUGUUUUCAAUGGAGCAGGUCAGAUCCUCAGGCAAAAUGGCCUUUUGAUAACAUAUGCGGUGUAUGCAAUAAAUGGCACCAUUACACCCAGUUGUAAUGAACGCCUGGAUGCAGAUCUUCGACAAAUGAAUCCAGAGUGGGGUCUUCCAGACAUGGAUGUGCUGAGACAGCUGGCCUAUGGGAACGGGAUACGUAUGGAGAGGAUAAUUGAGAUGGAAGAAUACUACAAAUGUCUCAUCUUUAGAAAACUUUAAAGGAGAUAAACAAAUACAUUAUUUGUAAAAUGCAUAUUUCAUAACUUAUCAGUGUAAUAUUAUAUGGCCCUUACCAUCUUAUUGAAACAUAUGAAUGUGACAUGAAAUGUUGAAUAAAAAAUUGUCAUACAACACAUCUUUCUUUUUUUAAUCUUGUUGAGGGUUAUAGAAAUAACUAGGACUGCAAGCAGUACUGAACGGGCCCUCGCAGUACACGC